CUGUUUGUUUGUCUAAGGCUAUCAAAAGAAGUCAAGAGAGGAGGCUGUGGUCCGGAUCCUGACCCUGAUUGUAUGAAUAAGUAAGCAGGAUGCAAGUGAUUGGGUUAGAUGGUGCGAAUAUUUUUUUUUUCAAGUUAGGAAGAGGGUAAAAAGACAGGCUGGCGGGGGGAAGGCAAACAGUGCAUCCCCAAAUCCUCACACUUUUGCUCUCUUGCAGUCAGUUGCUUUGCUGGCUUCUGCAGGCUUUUAAGGUCUCGCGGCGUAGAAAUGCCUGGCCCCCACCCCCUUCCUCGGUCUCCCCUUUCAAUUCAGAUGUGCUGAUGUGCAGACCGGAUUCAUCUUCUCGGAGCUGCGGCGGCGGCUUUGGGCUCAGGCGGCGGCGGUUCGCGCUCGGCCGCGGAGUCCUGGCAGCAGCGGGGACGCGGCGCGGGAGUCCGAGCUCUGGUGGCAGCUGAGCCCGCGGGGCGCCGCUCGCCGAGCCGCGGCCGCGGGGAGUUCGGCAGCCAGAAGGACGACCUGGCAGGCUGCGAGCGCCAGCGCCGCCAGAGCCGAGUUUGCCUGCGCCCUCCCCGCCUCCGAGUGCAGAGUUCCUUACCUGCCCUCCGCCCACCCGCGGGCCCCUAGCCAACUUCUCCCUGCGACUGGGGGUAACAGGCAGUGCUUGCCCUCUCUACUGUCCCGGCGGCAUCCACAUGUCUCCGGACACCUGAGCACCCCGGUCCCGCCGAGGAGCCUCCGGGUGGGGAGAAGAGCACCGGUGCCCCUAGCCCCGCACAUCAGCGCGGACCGCGGCUGCCUAACCUCUGGGUCCCGUCCCCUCCUUUUCCUCCGGGGGAGGAGGAUGGGGUUGGGAACGCUUUCCCCGAGGAUGCUCGUGUGGCUGGUGGCCUCGGGGAUUGUUUUCUACGGGGAGCUAUGGGUCUGCGCUGGCCUCGAUUAUGAUUACACUUUUGAUGGGAACGAAGAGGAUAAAACAGAGACUAUAGAUUACAAGGACCCGUGUAAAGCCGCUGUAUUUUGGGGCGAUAUUGCCUUAGAUGAUGAAGACUUAAAUAUCUUUCAAAUAGAUAGGACAAUUGACCUUACACAGAACCCCUUUGGAAACCUUGGACAUACCACAGGUGGACUUGGAGACCAUGCUAUGUCAAAGAAGCGAGGGGCCCUCUACCAACUUAUAGACAGGAUAAGAAGAAUUGGCUUUGGCUUGGAGCAAAACAACACAGUUAAGGGAAAAGUACCUCUACAAUUCUCAGGGCAAAAUGAGAAAAAUCGAGUUCCCAGAGCCGCUACAUCAAGAACGGAAAGAAUAUGGCCUGGAGGCGUUAUUCCUUAUGUUAUAGGAGGCAACUUCACUGGCAGCCAGAGAGCCAUGUUCAAGCAGGCCAUGAGGCACUGGGAAAAGCACACAUGUGUGACUUUCAUAGAAAGAAGUGAUGAAGAGAGUUACAUUGUAUUCACCUAUAGGCCUUGUGGAUGCUGCUCCUAUGUAGGUCGGCGAGGAAAUGGACCUCAGGCAAUCUCUAUUGGCAAGAACUGUGAUAAAUUUGGGAUUGUUGUUCAUGAAUUGGGCCAUGUGAUAGGCUUUUGGCAUGAACACACACGACCAGAUCGAGAUAACCACGUAACUAUCAUAAGAGAAAACAUCCAGCCAGGUCAAGAGUACAAUUUUCUGAAGAUGGAGCCUGGAGAAGUAAACUCACUUGGAGAAAGAUAUGAUUUUGACAGUAUCAUGCACUAUGCCAGGAACACCUUCUCAAGGGGGAUGUUUCUGGAUACCAUUCUCCCCUCCCGUGAUGAUAAUGGCAUACGUCCUGCAAUUGGUCAGCGAACCCGUCUAAGCAAAGGAGAUAUCGCACAGGCAAGAAAGCUGUAUAGAUGUCCAGCAUGUGGAGAAACUCUACAAGAAUCCAAUGGCAACCUUUCCUCUCCAGGAUUUCCCAAUGGCUACCCUUCUUACACACACUGCAUCUGGAGAGUUUCUGUGACCCCAGGGGAGAAGGUUGUAUUUUCACUCUGUUGAUCGUGUCUUCUGAUGAACACAAAUUAUAAAGUUUGAUGUCAUACCACUUGUCUACUUUUAGCUUUAUUGCCUGUGCUUUUGGUGUCAUAGCCAAGAAAUCAUGGCCAUAUGUAAUGACAUGAAGUUUUUACCCUGUGUUUUCUUCUAUGAGUUCUAUAGUUUUACAGUCUUAUAUUGAGGUUUUUAAUCAAUAUUGUGUUAAUAGAAACCAUUCUUGUACAUGUGGAUAUCCAGUUUCUUCAACACCAUUUGUUAAAGAUUUACUAAAUGUUUUUAUUCAGCAUUCCUGCUCAUGUUUCUGACUUCCAUUAUGGCUUAUUUUGGUCCUGCCUAUAGCUUACAUUAUAGAUUAUUUUUUAAAUUAGCAUUUUUGUUUUUUUCUGUUUGAAAAUGUGGAUUUUUUACAUGAAUUUAUAAAACUAUAGUUUCGCUGGAUAUAGUUGGCUGCACAUUUAACUUUGUUUUAAAUAAAAGCUUGCAAAAAUACCUUCAUUUCAAACAUUUUUAAUGUACAAUUUUGCACAUUAAAGUUAUCAAAAGUGAUUUACCAAGCACUAAAAAUGUAAUAAGUUAAUACCCAUAUAAAAUGGAUGAACAAAGAAAGAAUUACUUAUAAAAUGAAGCUGCUUAAGAUGAUUUCUGAAGGCAGUUUUCCCAAAUUCUUGGAUACCUCUCAUGUAACAAAAUGUAUCUUAAACGUAUUAUAAAUCAAUGUGAAGUCCGUUUAUUUAUUUUUUUAAACAAGUAAAAUUCUGAAAGGCACACCUCAUACAAUCCAAAAAAAUAGAACUAUGUAUGGCUUAUUAUAUGAAUAUAAACACACGACUGUUAUAUAAAUAAGUUAAAUCAAGAUGUAUCAUUUAUAAACUUUAUAAAUUAUGGCAAUUGCAAGGUCUUUUUUUUUUUUUUUUUUUUUUUGACAUGGAGCCUUGCUCUGUUGCCCAGACUGGAGUGUAAUGGCAUGAUCUCGGCUCACUGCAACUUUCACUUCUCAGUUCAAGCAAUUCUUGUGCCUCAGCCUCUUGAGUAGCUGGAAUUACAGGCAUGCACCACCUCACGUGGCUAAUUUUUGUAUUUUUAGUAGGGACAGGGUUUCACCAUGUUGCCCAGGCUGGUCUUGAACUUUUGAGCUCAAGUGAUCUACCUGCCUCAGCCUCCCAAAGUUCUGGGCUUACAGGCAUGAGCCACCAUGCCCGGCUUUAAGUUUUUUUGAUUCCAGUAAUAUGAGUUUAUUUCAAUGUUAUAAAAUAUGUUAAUUUGAAAAGUGAUAGGUCAAAAUUUAGCAAAAACCUGUCUCAAAAUUUCCACAAAUACUGAAUGAAUUAGAAUUCAACGUAUAAUGAUAAACAAUUGAAUAAAUAGGAGUAGAAGGAAUUUUUUAAAAAUACAAUAAAUAGAAAAAAAACUAGUAUUUCUUGAGUGCCUACACUAUACUAGGUGCUGUGCCAAGCUUCUCUAAUCUUCUCAGCACCCUACUGACGUUAGUACUAGAAUUAUCUUCAUAUUACAAAGAAAUUGAAGUUGAGAAAGGAUUGAGUAACUUAUCUAACAUCACACAUGUGGCAUCUGACAUUUGCCAGAGCUAAUUAUUAAAUUUUUCUUUAGUUAUAGAGAAUGUGUUUUUUCUUUUCUCUAAAAUCAAAAUAAUCAACCAAAAGUUAAGCAAGACUAGAGAUAUUCAAAUAAAAACAAAUAUAUUAAAAUAUAACAUAUUUUAGAAAACUAGAAACUCUACUGUGGGACUAAAAUAAGCAGAAUAACAUGUCAUGAACCGAAAUGUAAAAGUGUAGUAUUAUAAAUUAUCAGUUCUUGUCAAAUUAACGUAUAGUAAUUCCAAAUUAAAUUCCAAUAGAUCUUUGUUUUGUAACAGACCAAAUUUUUCUAGAGUUUAUCUUAAAAAUAAAAUAGUUGGCAAAUUCACAAACAAUGGUAAUAUGGGGGAGUGGGUUGCACUAUAAGAUAGAAAAACAUUAUGAAGCCUCAGUAAUUCAAAUUCUGUGGCAAGGUCAAAAAGUCUUCUGUAUCAACGGACAAACUAAAAAGACCAGAAUUAUGCCUGAGGGCAUAGAAGACUUCUGUCAUGUACUUGUAAGGAUCAUUUUUCAAAUAAAUUGGGAAAAUGGAUUUUCUCAGUAAAUAAUACUUAAAUCAUUUUAAAGGAUAUGUGAAAAAAUUAAACAAGUUCUACUUCAUAUUGCAUAGUUUUCUAAAGAAAACAAUGCUUUAUUUGCUUUCUGAAAAAGAUUAUGUUGAAUACAUGAGUUGAAAAUAAGAAAAUUUAAAAUAACUUGUUCAGAUUAUCCACGUAAAGUUGUUUUUAUAAAAAUACAAAAAGCACAAAUAAAAAUGAAAACAGAGACUAUUAUAGCACAUAAGGAUGAGGGACCAUUGGGUCAUUCAUAUGUAAAGAGCUGUUAUCAACUGAUAACUAAAGUUUCACCCCACAGCAGAAAAUGCCUGAGAAAGUAGAAAAUUUAGUGAAGUAUCAUUGCAAGUAGAUAUUCAAUGAAUAUAUGAAAUUCUUUAAUCUUAUUCUUAAUCAGAGAAAUGCUAUUUGAACUAACAAUAAUUUGUCAUAUUUCACCUGUAAUAUUGGUAAAGAUAGAAUUGAAUGUUAAUAUCAAGUGAUCAUAAAGAUAUGCAACUCCUGAAAGUAGAAAUUAAAAUAACCUUUUAGAAGCACAUUGGGUAAUUUGUAUUACACUUUACAAAAUGUACCUGCACUUUUGCCCAGAUAUUUAUCCUAGAACAAUUAUCUGAGUGUGUGCAAAGGUAACUGUUUAUUGUAAUAGUGAAAAUUGGAAACAAAAUAAAUUUUGAAAACCUAAAGAAAACUCUGAUUUGAGAAAAUGUUUACAAUAUAUUAUGAAAUAUUUAAGGCAAAUCAAAAGUUAGUGGUAUGAGAAGUUCUGUAAUUUAAAUUAUGUACAUUAGAGACAAAUUUAUGGAAGAAUAUAUAAGAAAAUGAUGCUUAUUUCUACCUGCUGAGUUUGCAAAUAGUUUUUAUGUCUUCUUUGUUCCUUUAAAAAAUUAUCAGCAAUAAGCAUAUGUUAUUUUGGGCAAGAGAAAAAUAUUGUCUUUAAAACAUACAGUCAUUGUUGGACAAUGAUGUGAAUGUACUUAAUGCACAGAACUGUACACAUAAGUAUGGUUAAAAUGGUAACUUUUACAUUGUGCACACAUAUUAUACCACAAUUUAAAAAUAAGGGGUUCAGUUCACAUGCAUAUCUUUCUUAGAUCGAGCCUCUCAAAGUACAGAGGGAUUUCUGUUCAAUCUAAGGUUAUCCUUGAUGUUGCAUGGUUCAUGCUGGCAACAAUCCAAAAUGUGCAGCUAAGAGGGUAGCUGUGUUGAGCUGAUAGAAGCGCAUGGUAUUGAUUCUUGCAUCCCUUAGAAUUGACUAACCUUUGAACAAGGGCAGAUUGCUUAUGUCUUGAAUAGACUUAAUAUUUUCUAUUUUCCUAUAUAACCCAUUUAGAAGCUAUUGACUAUUUUUUGCAGAUAUUUCUUUUUAAUCACUCAUCUAUGAUUUACACAUAUGGAGUCAAUUCACAAUAGUGUAUUUAUAUUGCCAAAGACAUUGCUUAAAUUUAUUAAUUACUACAUAAAUACAUUUUUAUUCUAUUAAAAUAGAUGUAUCUUUUGAUGUGUGAAAUAAAUUAUUGCUAUUUUAAACUUAUAACCUAGUAAUAUAAUGGUUAAACUUUGAAAAAUAACUGAAAAAAAGAAAAUACAAUUUAUCAUGGACUUUAGGAAAGCUCAGAUCUUGUUGGAAGAUCCAUGCAUGACUGAAGAGAUGGUAGCAUUCAGUAAAGAUUUUGAGCGAUAUGAAGAAUUUCAAGGAACAAGGAAGGGGAAAGUAGAGUCCACGUAGAAUUAAGUUCACUUUAAGUAAAGGAAUGGGAAUAGAGCUGAGAUUGGAAUACUUUGUCAGAGCACAAUAGCAAGAAGUUAGGGAUGAGUGGGAUGAAGUUUAUGUGCUUGAGAUAAUGGAAGAUGAGGCAGCAAAAUUGGGUUAUGACUAGAGUCAUUGAUUCCAAAACCUUGAUGGGAAGCAAACUCUAUUGAGAUUACUAUGGCCAUAAAGUGUAGGACGAAAUGGAGAAGAGUAAAAUUAAAAGCCAAAGCACAUCUUGUGAAACUAUUACAUUAUAUUCAGAAAAGAAGUACAGCUAGCAUUGACAUGAAAAAGGAAAAAGAAGUGGAGGAGUAUUUUUAGGGAUAUUAUAGAAUAUCAUCUAUGGAAUUUGACAAUUAACUAGAUGUAGGGGUGUGGUGGGAAUUCAGGAAAGAGAAGUCUUAGUCCAUUAAUGCCGCUAUAACAAAGCUCCUCAGACUGAGUAAUUUAUGGACAAUAGAAAUUUAUUUCUCACUCUCAGAGGUAGAAGCUGGGAAGCCCAAGGUCAAGGUGCCUGUAGAUUCAGGUAUCUGGUUAGUUCUCAUUCUCUGCUUCUUCUUGCAUUCUCACUUGGCUGAAGGGUUGGAAGGGACAAAGGGAUAAAAGGAUGAACUUGUUUCCUCAAGCCCUUUUAUAAGGGCACUAAUCUCAUUUCUAAGGGCAGAGCCCUCCUGGCUUAAUCAGCUUCCAGUCGUCACUUCUUAAUACUAUCACUUUGAAAUUUAAUUUCCAACAUACGAAUUUUGGAGGGACAUACACAUUCAAACCAUAGCAAGAGGUAUAAAAAAUGUUCUGAUGAAUAGUGAGUGAUGAUUCAUCAAAAUUUCAAAGUCAGAUGUUAUCACAUAGGUUUAAGCAGAAAAAUUAUUUUAAUAGAAUAAUUCAACUCUUGGUUUCCACCUGUCAUCAAACUGAUGUUUGUAUGUUUCAGAGCAUAGAUGGAAUAAGGAAAUGGAGUAAUACUUUAUUUUAUAUAUUUUUUCAGGGUUUAUAUUGUGAGGAAUGUCUGAAUAUAUACCAUGAAAAUAAUAAUACAUAAGAAUCUUAAUAGUGCUUUGGGAUUACCUGAGUAUUUUUCUCCACAUCAUUCAAUUAAACUCUUGCGAGUUAAUUCUGGUGAGAUAAGCCUGAUACGGUGACCUUCCGUUUACAGCAGUAAGAUUCAUUCAACCUCAGAAUGUUUAAGUAAACCAGCGAACUGAGAAGUUAGAACUUGAACCCAGGUCUUCUGACUCCCAAUCAAGAAUAGCUUCCAGAUGUAGAAAAAGUUGUAUUUUUUUUUCCUAUAACAUGAUAUAAUUUCAGAGCUGAACAAAAGCUUAAUGAUCAGUUAUUCCAGAGACUGGCAGACAUUUCUGGAAAGAACAUACAGUAAAUAUAUUGGUUUUUGCAGGCUAUACAGUAUUUGUCACAAAUACUGAUUUCUAACAUUGUAGCAUUGAAACAGACAUAAACAACAUGUGGUAAAGGAAUGGUCCCGAUAGAACUUUUACAGAAACAGGCUUCAGGCAGAAUUUGAUCCAUGGGUUAUAGUUUACUGAUACCUGAUUUACUCUCUCUCAGCCUUAUUUCUGAGGGAAAAAAAAUAUCACCACUCUAGAAAGUUUACUAGACUUGUGCAGGCUUCUUCUGGCUGUAGCAUAGCGAUCUAGUUUAUCUUGCUGCUUUUUCAGUCUAAUUGGCAAGGUUUGUACAUUCUGUAUCUUCAGCCUUAUAAGGUAUGGUGCAAAUAUUACGCUAAUUGGCCUUUUUUGUGGUGCUCAUGGAAUUUGUUUAGGUAGCCAAUAAUAUCUUAAUUGUGCUGAAAAAAGUUCAUUGAUUAUAUCUUUCUCUGGAGACUCACAGACAUCCAGUCCCUUGAACUGUUGAUCUGCCUUUCUUCAGGAUUCUUCACUCUCCAGCAUUGGAAAACAAAGUCUUUAAUAAGCACAAUUGGCAGCGUGACAUCUAUUCAACGUUGCAACUUAGACUCCUAACAGAUCACAGGAAAUCUUAAAAUUGUUCCCUCAAUCUCAUACUCCAAGGGAGCUAUAAUUAAUUUUGAGUUGUUACUUAUACUUACGUCAAAAAUAAAAUAUUUAUAUAGUUGUGUUUUGUAUUUUUCAUUUGAUCAUUCUUUGGGGAAAGAUGCAAUAUGUUUACAUAAAAUAACAUAAUGUAAAACGAGCAGAUAUUUUCCAAGUGUGUUUGAUUUGUUAUUCAAGUACGAAUCCUGCUAGCAACCUUAGUCAAAGGCCAGAAUUUUAUGUCUAUAAUCAGAGCCCUAUGAUUUGAUUUUAGAAAACCUAUCUUUAUUACAUUUUCUGCUUUUAAAGGACUCUGUGUUUUAUGUUAAUGUCAGGCCAGUUACGUUCCUCCAUGGUGCUUGGUGUUUAAACUAGAAGAUUAAAAACAAGUUAGAAAAAUGUUCUGCUUAGAGUUAUCCCCAUCCAACUGUGUGUGUGUGUGUGUGUGUGUGUGUGUGUGUUUCAAGAGAUCAAAUAUUAACUAUUUCUUUGCAAUCCAAACGCACUUUUUAAUUUUGGAUGAAAUUGAUAAUACGCAUACUUCUAAUUUAGCUUUAUUUUUUUUCCUCAUGAAGAAGGCAGUAGAAGCUAUUUGCAUAUCAUUAUAAAACUACCCUUUCAAUCUAAGAGGGAAGCCAGAACGUGAGCCCUGGGGGAGUCUCUGUUUGUGUCUAUAUUCAAGUUUUGCUGUCUCUGUUUUAAUAAAUGAGUUCUUAUAUAAUCAUAUAGUGUUGAAACCUUGGUGGUUGCUAUAGGGAAAACAUAAAUGCAAAAUGAAACAUAGUAUCAGGCAGUGAUAGUAUUCUUCAUGUGGAGCAGACUUAAAGUAAACACAAAGUUAAAGGGAAAAACCAGGUAUUAUUUCCUAGUUAUAUCCUGAAUAUAGUCUAAUGUUGCGUUGGUAUUUAGAGAUGUAGGAGAAAAUAUUGUGGGAAAUUCAUAAAAAUAAAUUAGAUACUAAAGCAUUUUGAUAAUCAAGUGUUGAGGAUUAUUGGUAAAAAUGAUCAAUGCUUUGCCUUUGGAUAUUUUGAAAAUUUUUGUAAACAUUUAAAAAGUGGAACCUUACAAUGAGGUGAAGAAAAAGAACAACAGAAAAAAGAUAAACUGCAAAGAGGGAAGAUAAAAAUAAAUGAACAAUUCUAUUAAAACCAACUUAUGGCCAGGCACGGUGGCUCAUGCCUGCAAUCCCAGAGUUUGGGAGGCCGAGGCUGGUGGAUCACCUGAGGUCAGGAGUUCAAAACCAGCCUGGCCAACAUGGUGAAACUCUGUCUCUACUAAAAAUACAAAAAUUAGCUGGACGUGGUGGCGGGCACCUGUAAUCCCAGAUACUCAGGAGGCUGAGGGAUGAGAAUCGCUUGAACCCGGAAGGCAGAGGUUGCAGUGAGCUGAUACUGCUCCACUGCACUCCAGCCUGGGUGACAAGAGUGAAACUCUGUCUCCAAUUAAAAAAAAAAAAACUUAUUCCACAACUUAAUGUACUACAUUUUUAAAAAAUUACACCCCUAUUUUCUUAUCCUUGGCAGAUUUCUUUCUUUGUUACUAGGAAAGUACAUGUUAGUCUAUAUGGAUAUUUGAAACCAACUUUGGUGUACAGUUUCAUCACUGAUCACUGUGGUACCUAGAUAUGAGAUGCCAUGAGAAAUAUUUAUAGUUAUCCUGUGUCAUUUGGGAAAGAAGUAAGUUCAUUCAGCAUUGAUUUGCAAUAAUUAGUGCUUACCUUGAUGUUAAAUAUUGUGUUCAAGAAAGGGGAGAAGCAUAUACUUUCCAGCACAGAAUUGGUAAUACUUUUCUAGAAUAUGGAUUCAGUAUUGAUUAUGUUUUUAUUUUCCUUCUUUCUUUCCUUCCUCUCUCCUUCUCUGACUUUCUUUCUUCUUUUUUUCUUCCUUCCUUUGUUAUUCCUUGAGACUUCUUUCACAUUCAGCCUUUUGUAUUUUCACAAAAGGGAUUUUUGAAUAUUGCUACAAACUAUAGUUUUCUAGUAGGAGCAUUUGGAAUACUCAAAAUUUGUUGCUUUUGGCCAAAGUCCAUCACAAUUUCUAGAGUAGAGAACUGGCUUACUAUGAGCCUUAAGCAUCUCAGAUGUUUUAAGCAGAAUAGAGUUAGAAUGAGUUUUUGAAUGUGAAAAAAAAAAUCCAAAUGAAUUCCAUUGCAUCAGAUAAGCAUAUUUCUCGCGUAAGUUUGGCUUUACUUUUGGUGUAAUCAAGUAAGAAGAAAAAAGUUGUUUGGAAAGUAAAGUCCAUUUAUAAAGCAGUAAGAAAGUUGUCUUUCCUAGAAUUGUCUCUUGAGUUAUCUUUACGCAACAGCAUCAUUUUGAAACAAAGCACAGAAUAAGGGUCAUGUACAAGAUGCUGUAACUUGAAAGGUCUUUGUAUAUACAUCUUUGGAUCUAGAGAAACAUAGUGACAUCUGCCUUUGAUUAUCAUUAGAUGGAUAAAUUCUAAUUCUAGGACUGUAUUUAAAACAUUUCAACAUGCACAAUGAUAUUAUAUGUUCUGGGAAAGUGGCACAUGGUGGUUAUUUUUAACAUAAUUAUAGAUGCCUGACUGGUCAUUUUUGAAAUAAAUUAUUUUUAAAAAGACUUUCAUAAAAAAAUAGAAUUCUUCAUGGUUCAAGCCAUGUUUAUCUUGGGAAAAUUCAAAAUAAACUAUUUGAAUAAAAAUUUCUGUUUGCUUUACAAUUGUCCAGAUUAACUUUACAGAAACAUUUUGUUAAUUGCUAAAAUAUCUAGUUUGUUCAACUACUCAUAUUGUACUUCUCCUGACAUUGUAAAACAGUUAAAGAAAAUGGGAAAACAUGGUUUCAAGGUUUUGUUCAGAAAAAAACUAUUAGGAUAAUUAUAAUAUAGAAAAAUAAUUAGCUGCACAUGCAUUUUUACUGUAGACCAGGUUUCCUUACCUUUAGGAGUCAAAUCACUAUGUGUAGAUACAAUCAUUUUUACUCUGUGGGUUGCUUACCUCCAUU